AGAGGGCGCUUCUGCUGUCAUGUGAUUUUCUCACUCACCUGACACUCUUUUUUGAAGUGGUGGAAAUAUUCUCACAUUUACCCAUCAUUUUCUCGUGUAAUUUCCCAAAAAAAGUGCAAAAAAGAUGCCAAUCUGUGGGCCAAAACUCUCCCUCUGUGGACUCAUCAUCUCAGUCUGGGGAAUAAUCCAGCUGGUCCUUAUGGGAGUGUUCUACUACAUCCACAGUGUGGCCCUGAUUGAAGAUCUCCCCCUAGAAGAACACUACCCUGGACCCCGGGAAUUCUAUGCAGAAGCUGAUAAGGCAUAUAGUCAGAAUGCAUACAAUUGCUGGAUUGCAGCGUGCAUUUACGUCCUGACACUCGUUGUUUCCGGACAGCAAUUCUAUGCAAACAGUCGCACCACGGCUAACUAAUCCAUCUCUCCAUUUUUGCACUCCCAGAGAUGAAAUUAUUUAUAAUUAAUUUGAUUUCAGUGUACAUCGUAUAUGUAAAUUUCCUUCCUCCCCCCCCCCCCCCCAACAAAAUUUAGCUUCAAAGGACAUUCCUGUAAAUAAAUCCGCUAUGCAUCCAGUUCAAUUAGAGGUCAAAAGGAAAAUUUAGGUGUUUAAUUGAACCUGGCCGGAAGUAUAAUGUCCAGGAUAUUACAUUAUUCAAAACCGAAGAUGUAUUAAAUGUGUUUGAAAAAAUGUUACUUAUUUUAGUUGAGAAAUAAAGAAAUGAAGUAAGAUUAAAAUAUC